CAUUGCGCCGACCGCAACGACGGCUCUGGUCCUAGGGUCGUCAAAAACAAACGCACCUGAUUUAUCUAAAUCUAGCAAUCUAGCGAACAACUCCUUCACGUCUCCAUUUCGACGCUUAGAGAGUUUAUUUGCGCCGCCGUCCUCCUCGUACAAACCAGAUGCUGCGAGUCAGCACACAAUACCAGCAUCUCUUACAUCCGGACUACCAAUGGAACAACUUCACGGUGUCCCGGAUGAGCGAUGGGCAUGCGUACAAGACGGUCACGGGAACAAAACGGUGGGAAUUUGGAUGAUAUCAUCUUGCCCAAAACAGUGGCCAGCCGACCCGACAAAAAAAAAAAAUGCGAACAGUCUUACAGCCUUUCUGCCGAAAAUUGUAACGACAUGAUUCCAGUAUCGGACAAGCGAGGAGUCAAUUACAAGAAUCGACAUUGCGCAAAGUGCGCUGAAGCCAACGCAAGUGAGAUCAUGUCGUUUGAACUGGACAUCAAUGGUAUGGUUACUCCACCACAGCAUUAUUCGCGCGCGGAAGCUUUAAGAUUUUUAUUCAAAUAUUGUUCAAGGAUUCGGUGGAAAGCGCCAGAUGGAAACAAUAGGAGACAUUGUAAGGCAAUAUCUUCCAGCUGCGAGACGACAUCGAGUUAUUUUCAAAACUGUAAAAAUGGAAGUUUCCGGAUCGUGUAUGAUAGAGCUACAGGAAAGAAUUAUAAAAACAUCUUCUGCGCAAAAUGUCUCAAGAGCAAAGUAUCGGAAUUUAUCUGUGGGCCGGGAAGUCGCUUUAUUGACGGCCGAAGCCCUGUUCAUAAAUACAAUGUUUUACUUGAUGUGUUAGAUAAGAAAAAAUCUCUGGUGGCUGUCUCCUGCCCUCAGGGGGAAGUGUAUGAUGUUCACCUGGAAAUCUGUCGAGGAGCUGGCAUGGGAGCGCCAAACAUCGCGAAUUUCGACAAGUACCGCGUGAUACUAUGGGUAACUUCUCCGCAUAGCAUUCUACUAAGAAGACAAGACUUGGCAACGUCUCUCGCUACAAGGUUUAGUCUAGAUGCCUCAUAAAUUGUACUUCUCUCAUUCAGUAAAAUGGGUAAAAUGUGCACCGUCAUUUUGACGUUGAACUAGAGCGGAACCACACAAACCUGAAAGCCAGAGCAAUUCUUGAAUUUACGAAAGAGGUAACGAUUGUAAUUCACAACAUCUCUUUUACAAUUUUCAAGGCAACGUCACGGUUACUGAAUUGCAUGCAGGUACAAGAAUUUAGUCCUUCGCAGUACACCGUCAUCGUCCACAACAACGUUUCCAUGGUUUAUUGAAAGCGUCGAAAGAGGUUUUCGUCAAAAGGAUUACUACUCCGAAACAACUGAGAGUCAAGGUGGAGUUCUCACCCCAAAGGGCAACAUAACGGUCUGUGGAAAGAGAUCGGUGAGAAACUGCUCGGGUGCUUACAUUUCCUUGGAUAAAACAGAGUACAUUAUCCUAUCAAAUGGAUCCCUUUAUCGAAAUGCGUCCGGUAAACUUUACCCAACACAGGACUAUUAUGUUGGGUUCAACGAUUCUGUCUGGAUUUGUACGUUGUUAGUCAGAAUUUUACUGGAAGGAGGAGAACAGAGAUAAAUUAAGUUUAUUAGCACCACUAUCUGUCACCGGAUUGGCGAUAUCAA